AUGCGUGACCGCGAACCUGGUUCGCAGUCUCAAGAACCAUCAGCCAAAAGACAACGUAUUUCAGCCUCCCCCGUGCGGGGUGGUUCUCUCGAAGAAAUGGCUUCCCUUCACCCCACCAUUCACCUCAAUCAGAUCGAACGUACCUUACAAACCCUCCUUCUUGACGUCGCGCAAUACAUCCAUGAGAAGGAAUCCCCCAACGAAAACCGUGAUGAAAUCAAUCGCGCCGAAACUGUCCUGCGGUUCACAGGAGGCUGGGUCAGAGACAAACUGCUCGGAGUGCAGAGUCAUGAUAUCGACGUGGGCAUCAGCAAUAUGACGGGCUACCAAUUCGGUAUGCACCUGAAGGAGUACUUAGACAUUCCUGAAAAUCUUGAGAAGUACAAGAAGGAUCUGCCGAAGGGGGAAAUGCACGAUGCAAUUGUCAGCCUACACAAAAUCGAAGCCAAUCCCGAAAAGUCGAAACAUUUGGAGACAGUCACAACGAAGAUCUUCGGCCUGGAUAUCGAUCUGGUCAACCUGCGCAAAGAGACAUACUCGGAAGACAGUCGAAACCCACAGAUGGAGUUUGGCACGGCGACGGAAGAUGCACUGCGACGAGAUGCUACCAUCAAUGCCCUAUUCUACAACCUCAACGAAUCGAAGCUGGAAGAUCUUACAGAACGAGGGCUGGUUGAUAUGGAGAAGCACAUAAUUCGGACACCACUGGAACCAUUCCAGACUUUCAAGGAUGACCCGCUCCGUGUCCUUCGUUUAAUUCGAUUUGCCAGCAGAUUGGGAUACCAAAUUGACCCAGAAGCUGAGGCUGCGAUGCAAAACGAGGAUAUUCGAGUUGCACUCAAGCUGAAAAUCAGCAAGGAACGAGUUGGAGCGGAGUUAGAGAAGAUGCUCAAAGGUCCCGACCCUCGCGGUGCUUUGGAGUUCAUCGACAAACUCAAUCUUUUCCCAACCAUUUUCGCCAACCAUCAAGACGAGGUAACGGCCGAUACAUCGAACUGGUCGCUUGCCUACACUACUCUAGGAAAGCUCUUGCAGCAAGGACCCGAUUAUCGAACCUUGCACCCACUACUCAUAGACGACGAGAGUGACGCCCACCAUGCCUGGAUGAUCGCUACUUUUGCCCCAUGGAUGUCCAUACCCCCUCGCAGCGACACUGAAAUCAAACCCAGACCUACCUCAACUCGUGUUGUCGAAAUUGCCAGAGACAGCCUUCGCACCGAUAACAAAACCCUACAAGUCCUUCGUGACGCAAGCCUCCACUACAAAGACAUCAUUACUCAGAAAUCUAACUUACGGGAUAACAUUAUCCUUGGCAGCCGGGCCGAAAUCAGACAACAGAUUGGACUGCAUCUUCGAGCCUGGGGCAAGGAUUGGAGACUGUGUAUUGUUAUGGCCCUUCUUCAUGAAGUCAUGCAGGGCCGUGACAUGAGUAAGGGUAGGAUAUCUUCCAAUCACCUCUUUCCCUCCAUACUGACUUGUUUAGUGGUCGCCGAAUACAAUGCCUUUAUGUCAUACAUCAUAGAAAAUUCGCUGCUGAAUGUACACUCCCUUGUCCCCGUCGUUAAUGGUGGGGAAAUUAUCCAGCACAUGGGCGGUAAAAAGGGACCAUGGAUGACCAAGGCGACCACGAUGGUAAUAGAAUGGCAGCUUCUGCAUCCUGAUACUGAUAAGGAGGCGACUUUGGGAGAACUCUCACGUCGCCGUGGAGAGUUGGGAUUGUGA